UAAACAAAGACGUUCAUCAGAGAAAAAGCAAGAUAACAUCAAUGUUGAACCGUCUACUAUUAUACUAAAAUGAUUUAACACAGGGAGAGUAAUUAUUUUAUUAAAUCUGUGAGAUUUAACGUUCUUCUUUUAGGAAACAUCAGAGACUCGAACCUGGACCUGAACCUGGACCUGAACCCAGCACCGUGUCCUUAAAGAGCGACGGAUCAUUCGGACUUCUAAUUGACUUUAAAGGAGAACCUCCUGCUGCUCAGAGAGUGGAGCAGCAGAACUCAGAGGUUCCCAGAGCUCAGUCUGUCCAGCAGAAUCACCUGGACUCCAUAUUCAUGCUGCUGGAGGACAACAUGGUGACUUUUGUGAAGAAGGAGCUGAAGAAGAUGAAGAAGGUUGUGAGUCCAGAUUACCCAGAAUGCUCCUCAGAGAGUCAGAGGGAGGAUGAGGAGGAGUUGGAGCGUGAUGAUGAAGAUGAGAGGAGCAGCAGAGAGAUGUUUGAGCAGAUCACAGUGUUGUUCCUGAGGAGGAUGAAGCAGGAGAAGCUGGCUGACUGUCUGCAGAGCAAACUUGCUGCUGGAGUUUGUGGACGUAAACUUAAACGUGGUCUGAAGAAGAAGUUCCAGAGAGUGUUUGAGGGCAUCGCUAAAGCAGGACAGAAGACCCUCCUGAAUGAGAUCUACACAGAGCUGUACAUCACAGAGGGAGGGACUGCAGAGGUCAAUGAUGACCAUGAGGUCAGACAGAUUGAAGCAGCAUCCAGGAAAGCAGACAGAGCAGAAAGAAGCAUCAGACCAGAAGACAUCCUUAAAGGCUCACCUGGAAGAGAUGGACCAAUCAGAACAGUGAUGACACAGGGAGUGGCUGGCAUCGGGAAAACAGUGUUAACACAGAAGUUGACUCUGGACUGGGCUGAAGACAAAAGCAACCAGGACAUCCACUUCAUGUUUCCAUUGACUUUCAGAGAGCUGAAUGUGCUGAAAGAGAGAAAGUUCAGCUUGGUGGAACUUCUUCAUCACUUCUUCAGUGAAACCAAAGCAGCAGGAAUCUGCAGCUUUGAAGUCUUCCAGGUUGUGUUGAUCUUUGAUGGUCUGGAUGAGUGUCGCCUUCCUCUGGACUUCCACAACAAUGAGGUCCUGACUGAUGUUACAGAGUCCACCUCAGUGGAUGUGCUGCUGACAAACCUGAUCAGGGGGAAUCUGCUUCCUUCUGCUCGCCUCUGGAUAACCACACGACCUGCAGCAGCCAAUCAGAUCCCUCCUGACUGUGUGGACAUGGUGACGGAGGUCAGAGGGUUCACCGACCCACAGAAGGAGGAGUACUUCAGGAAGAGAUUCAGAGAUAAGAGGAAGGCCAGCAGCAUCAUCUCCCACAUGAAGACAUCACGAAGCCUCCACAUCAUGUGCCACAUCCCAGUGUUCUGCUGGAUCACUGCUACAGUUCUGGAGGAGCUGCUGAGAAGCAGAGAGGGAGGAGAUCUGCCCACAACCCUGACUGAGAUGUUCAUCCACCACCUGGUGGUUCAGACCAAAGUCAAGAAGAUCAAGUAUGAUGGAGGAGCUGAGACAGAUCCACACUGGAAUCCAGACAGCAGGAGGAUGAUUGAGUCUCUGGGAAAACUGGCUUUUGAGCAGCUGCAGAGAGGAAACCUGAUCUUCUAUGAGUCCGACCUGACAGAGUGUGGCAUCGAUAUGGGAGCAGCCUCAGUGUACUCAGGAGUGUUCACACAGAUCUUUAAAGAGGAGAGAGGACUGUACCAGGACAAGGUGUUCUGCUUCGUCCAUCUGAGCGUUCAGGAGUUUCUGGCUGCAGUCUACAUGUUCCACUGUUACACCAACAGGAAGGAGAAGGUUCUGGAGGACUUCCUGGGGAAAGACUGGAAAGAGAAGAGAGACACUCUGGAUGUGUUCAUGUUCAGAGUCAUGAAGAAAUCCCUCCGAAGUAAAAAUGGUCACCUGGACCUGUUUGUUCGCUUCCUUCAUGGCCUCUGUCUGGAGUCCAACCAGAGACUCUUAGGAGGUCUGCUGGGUCGGACAGAGAACCGUCCAAUGAGCCAGAGACUCUUAGGAGGUCUGCUGGGUCGGAGAGAGAACAGUCCAAAAAUGAUCCAGAGAGUCAUCAACAACCUGAAGGAGAUGAAGAGUGAUAAAAUGUCUCCAGACAGAAGCAUCAACAUCUUCCACUGUCUGAUGGAGAUGAAGGAUCUCUCAGUACAUCAGGAGAUCCAAGAGUUCCUGCAGUCAGAGAGCAGAUCAGAGAAGGAACUCUCUGAGAUCCACUGCUCAGCUCUGGCCUACAUGCUGCAGAUGUCAGAGGAGGUUCUGGAUGAGUUGGACCUGAACAAAUACAGAACAUCAGAGGAGGGAAAACGGAGACUGAUUCCAGCUGUGAGGAACUGCAGAAAGGCUGGACUUUAUAACUGUGGACUCUCAGAGAGUCACUGUGAAGUCGUGGCCUCAGCUCUGAAGUCCAACCCCUCCCAUCUUUUCCCUGGACGUCUGACGUUAGAACUGGACCUGAGCUACAAUGACCUGAAGGAUUCAGGAGGAGUGAAGCAUCUCUGUGAUGGACUGCAGAGUCCAAACUGUAAACUGGAGACUCUCGGGUUGAGGGGCUGCAGGUUGCCAGAGAUCAGCUGUGAUUCUCUGGUCUCAGCUCUGAAGUCCAACCCCUCCCAUCUGGAACAUCUGGACCUGAGUCACAACGACCUACAUGAUCCAGGAGUGAAACAUCUGAGUGGUUUUGUGGAGAGUCCAGACUGCAUCCUGAAGACUCUGAGAUUGGAGGGCUGCAGUUUGUCAGAGAUCAGCUGUGAUUCUCUGGUCUCAGCUCUGAAGUCCAACCCCUCACAUCUGGAACAUCUGGACCUGAGCUGGAACAAAGACCUGAAGGAUUCAGGAGUGAAACAUCUGAGUGGUUUUGUGGAGAGUCCAGACUGCAUCCUGAAGACUCUGAGAUUGGAGGCCUGCAGUUUGUCAGAGAUCAGCUGUGAUUCUCUGAGCUCAGCUCUGAAGUCCAACCCCUCCCAUCUGGAACAUCUGAACCUGAGUCAGAACGACCUGAAGGAUUCAUCAGUGAAACAUCUGAGUGGUUUUGUGGAGAGUCCAGACUGCAUCCUGAAGACUCUGAGAUUGGUGUGGUGCAGUUUGUCAGAGAUCAGCUGUGAUUCUCUGGUCUCAGCUCUGAAGUCCAACCCCUCCCAUCUGGAACAUCUGGACCUGAGCUGGAACGACCUGCAGGAUUCAUCAGUGAAACAUCUGUUAGAUCUUGUGGAGAGUCCAGACUGCAGCCUGAAGACCCUGAGAUGGGAGUCAUGGUGGUGAUCAGGACGGUGUUUGUGCUGAGAGGAUGAAGUGUGUCCUGAUGAUCCAGAGGUUGAAGCAGCAGCUGGUGUGUAGAGACUCUGACUGGACCAUGUUACUGGGAGGUGGACUGGGAACCAGUGUAAAGUGUGUUGUUCUCACUGUAUAGUUUAGUGUUGCAGCUCCACACUGAAUGAUGAAGUGCAGUUAAUGUUGACAUGAUCUGUUGGAGGUUGAUGUCAGGUUGCAGAGUGUGCAGGAAGUUUCAGGAUGUUUGUGUCGGUGCAGGAUUCUAUUUCAGUUGACUUUCUAUCUGCAGUCAAAGUUGUUGAGCUUCUCUACCUGCAGCACAUUGAGCUGAUGAGAACAAAGUGUCCUGGAAACAUGUCAGCUGAAGCCUUGGAGCCCAGACAGAGUUUAAGGAAGCACAUGAACUUUUUUACUCAUUCUUUGAAAAUAUUUACAUGAAUUUUCUUUCCAAAUUUUGGGGAUUUUUUUUAAAUAAAACUUUUCAGGGAAAUUUUAAGGAACUAUUGGAAUUUUGUGAAGUUUUUUGCAAAUUUUCAGAAAUUUUGCUGAACACUUAUUUUUCAGACAGGAAACAAUAAUUUUUGGUGCCUGUAAAUAACGGGAAGGUUAAAGCAGAUGUGUAUUAAUGCUGCAUUCAUGGCAUGAAAUGUCAAAUAAAAUGGAUUUUGCCAAAACAAAAGUGAACUAAGUGGAGUUUAUCGGGUAUAUCAGUGCUGUAUCUACUUACACAUGUUAAUGUCUAUCCCUGUAUGUGUGUCUAUACUGACUACUAACCAGAAGUUUGGACACACCUCAGUGAUUUUUAUUAGCAAAUAAAUGCUUAUUUGUGUAGUAGGCUGUGAUUCGUGCUAAUGUACAGUAGGAGUGAGUUUAUCUGUUUUUCUCAGGGAGGUAUUUGCUGUUUUUAUUCUACCAGUGUGUGUUUUGUCAGGCUGUCUUGCUCAACAGAAUAAAGUUGUUUUUUUUGUUUGUUUGUUUGCUAUUUUGGUCCUGCUGACUCUGAAUUUAC